CGAGACUCUACAACUGUGGAUACUACACACCAUGGACUCCCUUUCGCCGCAAGAGGCCCGCGUCUUUGAGCAGCUCGUCCAGUCAAAGCAGCAGAAGGAGUACAUGCGGAUGUACUCAAACCUCGUCGAGCGGUGCUUUUCCGACUGUGUCAAUGAUUUUACGAGCAAGUCUCUGAGCGGCAAGGAAGAAUCCUGCCUGGAGAAGUGCGCAGAAAAGUUUCUCAAGCACAGCGAGCGUAUUGGACAGCGUUUCGCAGAGGAGAAUGCCAAUAUGAUGGGCAAGUAGCUACCUAGUCUAAGCAUCCAUCUUCUUUUGCAUGUAGAGGCCCGCUGGGUCUUCCUUAAAGGGCUUGUAAAUGGGCUUCUUCUUAUCCCAUGGCUCAUUGCCCUCGCGUGUUCCAGGCACCACCUUUUGAAUGUUCUGGCGUUAGCAGUCGACAUGGUGGAUGGGACGCACCAUCUUUUGAAAGACACACUUGUUGAGCGCAUGCUCAGCCGGCCGACACUGGUGAAACUCCUGAUUUCGCUGAUCCAAACACUUCCAGUGCGCUUCAAACGCUUCCUUGCACGAUGCUUGGACUUGUUCCAAUACACCGCUCGCGCAUCGGGUGACUUUUCUACCGGCAGCCAGGCACGGCGCUUCGUCCUUGCCGGCGUUUUCUGCCUUGCAGAGCAUGAAAUCAUCGUUGUAGGCACCGCAUUUAGCACCGAUGAAGAAGGAGACCGACUUGAGAGGAGCAGAGGAAGCGCCUACUUCGUC